UAUAUUUAGAUAAUUUCGCUUUCUUUAGUAAAAAAAAACCCACCUUUAAGUACAGGAUUAAAGAUCAUUCGACUUCCUCUUCUUCAUUAGUCACUUUUAUAUAUUCGCCCUCAACGAAUCAUGGCAGAUUCUGAAGCUAACCAACCUUCCCAAAUGGUUGAAGACGACGCAAAGAAUCUAAAGUACCUAGGUUUCGUACAAGUAGCCGCUCUGUAUGCUGUGGUUUGCUUCUCCACCAUCUACGAGUACGCUAAAGAGAACUCCGGUCCGUUGAAACCCGGUGUUCAAACCGUUGAAGGGACCGUCAGAACCGUUAUUGGACCGGUUUAUGAGACGCUCCAUGACGUUCCCUUUGAGCUUCUCAUGUUCGUCGAUCGCAAGGUUGAUGAAACUAUAACCGAAUUGGAUCGUCACGUGCCUUCACUAAUUAAGCAACUUUCAAGCCAAGCAUUUUCAGCUGCUCAGAAAGUUCCAGACGUGGCUCGAGCCGUGGCUUCUGAAGUUCAGCAAGUCGGUGUAGUAGAUGCAGCUUCAAAUAUAGCCAAAACAAUGUACAACAAGUAUGAGCCAAUGGCUAAAGAAUAUUACGUCGAGUAUGAGCCGGUUGUGGAGCAGUACGCUGUGAUUGCUUGGUCAUCACUUAACCGGCUACCUUUGUUUCCACAAAUGGCUCAUGUAAUGAUCCCCACACUGGCUUAUUGGUCGGAGAAGUAUAAUCAAACAGUGGCUUAUUUGGCUGAUGAAGGCUACUCGGUAGCAUUUUAUAUACCAAUGAUUCCAAUAGAGAGAAUCGGAAAGGUUUUCAAGGCAGCUGAAAAUGGAACGACUGAUGUUGUUGCGAGUUAAGUUUGAAAUUACUGCUAUGAAAUUAAUGAGAAAUCUUAAAAAUAUUUAGGUUUUCUUAUGUAGUUGCAAGGACAACAUCUUUGGGUUCCAGUAAUCCAAUCUCUGUAUUUUAAUUUGAUCAUUUGCUGUGAGAUUCAGGACUUCUGGUAUUCGUAGUUUUGGUCUCUAGAAGCAGGGGUGUCCCUUUUACUUUCUCACUGAAAACUACUGAGUAUGUUUACUUUGGUUAUUUGAAAAUUACCUUAGUUUGAUUUGAUGAA